AUGUCAGACGGAGAAUCAUCUGACCUCUCAGAUGGUGCGUCGAUCAAGGUCAACUGCUUGGAUUGUGGCAAACUAUGCUCGAUCAACAAAGCUGUCAAGUUUGGGAGGCGCUUCAGAGACCCCAAAUGCCAUUCAGCUUACAGGUGGCUGACCACGAACGAUCCAGAAUGGCAAACAAAGUCGCCAGAGGAGAAACGAGAGACAGUGAUCGCAAACCGCGGCCAAGGAGGUCGUGGAACGGCGAGGAAGCUUGUCGCUAUUCACGAAGUUGAAGUGGACAAGUAUGCCGACAGUGCUACAGCAGCGGGCUUGAUGUGCAAUGUCGCAUUUUUGCAUGUUGCGAUCAAGUUCUUCUUUACCAACCUGGUCAGGUUCAAGCGCAAGGGCGCGAAAUGGUACGGGUGGAGCGAAGAGCGGGCGCAACAGGAGUGGGACAAGGCAGUUCGCGACAAGAACGUGAAACGCAAAACCGAUCAGUACGGGAACUUGACCAUCGCGAAGCUGGCCGAAGAGUCGGAUGUGUCUGGCUUACGGAUCGGCAACAAGCGCAAAAUCAUGGAAAAGAACAAGCACAAAGUUGGUGAUGAAGAAGCUAUUGAGAAUUUGUCAACAGGUCUAGCUCAGUCGCGGCUAGAUGUCGAGGUGAAAAUGUCGGCAGCUUCAGGACUCAAUCUCCUGACUUUGAACGACAACACGCGGGCCGGCGCCAAGGCCAAGGCCAAACCAAACAAAAGUAGCAAAAGGUCGCGAGAGGCAGGUGCUGAAGAAGAUGGCCCACCAUCUUCCUCAAAGUCGCGGAUAGACCCAGAGGCAAAGAAGAGACUUGAUCAACUGAAGAUUGACUCCGAAGUGGUCAAGGUGAGUCAGAAGUGGGUUGGUCGCAUCAAGAACCUCAAUGUUGAGGCCUCGCAGUCCUUGGCUGCAGCUGAACAUUUUCCAGAAUUGUCAGCGUUGAGCGACGAGGUUGGGGAAGCUUUGGAGAAGCUCGCGCUCAGCGGGCCGAUUGUGCCCAUGUCACCCAGCAUGAAGUCGACGCGACUGGGUAUGCUGGGCGACAAGUUGCAAACAGACCGCAGUCCUGAGGCAACGCAUGCACUCACACAGUGUAGAUCAAAGAAGGAUUUGAGUGAGUGGGACAGGCGCAUGGCAGGCCAUGAAGGGUUGUUGAAAAAGGCGCUGACGCAAUUGGACAAGGAUAUUGAGCACCACCAGGAACAGGCAGAGAAAGAGAAGGCGAUGAAGGAAAUGUUAGAGGCGCGGCUGGAGAAGAAGAAGAGAGCAAUGGAGUCACGGAAGGCAAAAGGCAGGGUAGCCGGCAUCAAGCAGGGUAAGGCGCAUGAGGAGCUCCAGAGUGGGAGUGGGGAGGAUUCGGAUGGAUCCGAUGCAGUGCCGGGUCAAGACAAAAAUGGUCACGGUGGUGGUAAGAACCCCGGGCAUGCAGAUAAUGAAGAUACCAAGGACCAGGAGUGGCGGUUCGCGCAAGGGGCUGAUGCUUUGAUCAGGAACAAAGCAGUCGGUGUGGAUUAUGUUAGCCGUGGCUCUUCUUCCGAUUCCGUGACUUUCGUGAACCCAACGAUGCUCACAAGCCUGGACUUGAAAGGGUUCGGGUUUGACCAAGAAGUCUCAGAUGCUAUGUACAAAGAGCAUGUUAUUGGGAGCGAUGAUGAGGACGAGCAUUCUGCCGAUGAUGACGGUGAUGAGGGCAAGCCAAAGAACUUGACAUAUUUCAAGUCAGUGAUCGCAUCGCCGGUGGAUGAAUGGACCAAGAGUUUGCCCGAAGUACUCGAGAAGUUGGUUGCAGGUGUCGACGCUGUGCAAGGCUUGCUUGAGCACGACUUCAUGCCGUCUGAGUGGUCCAAAGUGCUCAGUGGAAAGAUCCAGUACUCAGGGCCGCGUCACAAGUGGAUGGGCUUUUCCGAUUUGCUGUGGGGCAGAUUGGUUUGGGCUGUUGGAGGAGAACGUGUCUGUGUCGGGAUGCCACUUAUGGCUUUUCAAAAGGACAUCGCAGAUGCCAGCGCUGACAUCGGUGGCAUCUGCACAAGGUUCGCAGGCAUGUCACGUGAAGAAAUCAAGAACUCUGGAGGUUUCGCUUGCCUCGUGGAGUCAGGCGAUGUGCUUGUGAUUCCACCAGGGUACUUGCUGGCCGACGUGAACACGGGGUGCUUGGAAGAUUGCCCGGUGGAAUCGGAGGAUGCCCCGGCUGAUGUGUUCCCUGUAUUAACACGGGACCAGCUCAUGAAUUUCGACCUCGGGGUCUACGAUGCCGCCAUCCGUCUUUGUACUGCUCAUAGGGGCUUGUGCGACAACUUCAAGCAUGGUAGAAAAAUGGUGUGUCAUCUUCAGCAGAAGCUCAACGGUGUGAAGGAUGAAAUCCAAAGCCCUGUUCGCGGCGGUCGUGCCCCUAAGUUUGCUUCAGAUCCAGAUGCUUCGGUAACUCCGGAGACGUCCAGCCUCCUGGAGCUUAAGCCACACGACCUGCAGUUGGUUCCUUGGGUGUCGGAUGACGAUGAUGCUUCCGUUCAGCUUGCAGUUCAUGAAGCAUUAUCAUUGGUGACGACGGCUGUCACGAACGAGGAUUCCAGCAUGUGCGAUGGUCUGCUGGACUGUGCAGCUGUUCGUCUCGAGCGUGUGUUGAACGUCGCUGGAGUGACCAUCGAUGCCUUGAACUCGCAGGCCCAUGCUAUCCUUCAGCAGACCCACGAGGAUUGCCAUAAGGCACAGGAGUUGUGGCACCAGUUGGUGGAGCGAGUGAGCCACCGUGCAACUGCGAGCAGUUCAACAUCCGCUCAUCCUCGCCCUGUCGCCCUUUCGGAUGCUCCUGGCGCUCAUCGUGACUAUGCUGCCUUUGUCGAUGCUUCGCAAUGCGAGGCGCUUGACAAGGAGUUCGACGAGCUGUCCCAGAGCAUGACCGCAGCUCCGGAAAACGAGCCGCAAACACCUGUCCCAAAACCAAAACUUUCAAACACAUUCGUGGACACCACACAGGCGAACUUUGACAAGUUCUUUGACGCGGACCUACGCAGGCAGGAGAAAGAAAAGGCGCAGGCGAGGAAGCUUGCUGAUCCCCCGGCCCCGACCCCAGCCCCAGCAGAUGCACCCAGCACGAAACCCAACAAAUCUAAGCCAUCUAAGCCUUCGUCUGCGGCCAAAUCCAAACCAAGCCCGAGCGUGAAGAAGGCGUCCAAGUCACCCAAAGCCAAAGGCAAGAGCAAGGCGAAGGCAGCGCCUAAGGACAAGACUAAGGAAGCCCCAACCCCGAAGGGGGCAAGAAGGAAGGCUGCAUCGAAGUGA